AUGACAACCCCUGAGCAGGAUGAGUUCCAGAACCCAGGCUGUACCAUCAUGGCAUUCUACCCAAACAUGGAAGAAUUCUCAGACUUCAGCAAAUACAUCGACUAUAUGGAAUCCCAAGGGGCACAUCGAGCUGAACUGGCCAAGGUCAUCCCACCAAAAGAAUGGAGGGCCAGGCAGUCUUAUGACAAUAUCAGCAACAUCUUAAUAGCAACUCCCCUGCAGCAGGUGGUCUCUGGGCAGGCAGGCGUGUUCACCCAGUACCAUAAGAGGAAGAAAGGCAUGACAGUGGGGGAGUACCGUGAGCUGGCCAACAGCAAAAUAUACCAGACCCCGCCGCACCUGGAUUUUGAAGAUUUGGAGAGAAAAUACUGGAAGAAUCGCCAGUUUGGGUCACCGAUUUAUGGUGCUGACAUCAGCGGCUCCCUGUUUGAUGAGAACGUGGGCCACCUGGGAAGCCUUUUGGAUGUGUUGAAGCAGGACCGCGGCAUAGUGAUUGAGGGCGUCAACACGCCCUACCUGUACUUUGGGAUGUGGAAGAUCACCUUUGCAUGGCACACGGAGGACAUGGACCUGUACAGUAUCAACUACCUGCACUUUGGGGAGCCCAAAACCUGGUAUGCUGUGCCCCCUGAGCAUAAGCAGCGCCUGGAGCGCCUGGCCAGGGCACUUUUCCCUGGCAGCUCCCAGGGCUGCCAGGCCUUCCUGAGACACAAGGUGGCGCUCAUCUCACCCACCGUGCUCAAGGAGAAUGGCAACCCCUUUGGCCGCAUCACCCAGGAGGCUGGGGAGUUCAUGGUCACCUUUCCCUAUGGCUACCACGCGGGCUUCAACCAUGGCUUCAACUGCGCAGAGGCCAUCAAUUUCGCCACCCCAAGGUGGAUUGACUAUGGCAAGGUGGCAUCUCAGUGCAGCUGUGGGGAGGUCAGGGUGAGCUUCUCCAUGGAUGCUUUUGAGGGGCUCCUGCAGCCUGAGAGCUAUGAGCUGUGGAAACAGUAAGUGGAUCCUAGAGCUACGCAUCACCUGGAGCUCACCUCCUGCCCCGGGCAGGAGCUGACCCAUGGGGCCUACACACUGGAUCAGGGGAAGCUCACUUCAACCCAGAGGCAUUCCCAUUCGGGACCCCUCAGGAGUCGGGUGAGCAGAGGU